AUGCCUCAAGAUUCUCUAUUUUCUGCUUAUGCUUUAUGGUUUGUCAUCAAGGAUGACUUCGCAGAGAGGCCUGCAAAGGCUGGCCACAUACAGUCUGAAUGUUGCUUGAAAUUUCCGGAUAAACGUCCUGCCUCAAUGGGUAAGAAUGAAGACAAGGAUAAGGGUGGGACUGGUUCACCCCCAGUUCAUAACAUCAUCAAGCAGAUAUUCUGCACGGCGGAGAAGGCUUAUUCUAGUGGCCAAACCGGCGAAGAUACCAGGGUCCUAGACUCCGAUUCGGGAGCUCACGCCACACCUCGCAGAGAGAUCAUCGAGAUCAAGUCUCAAAAGGUCACUGUCACUCUAGAAAUGGCAGACGGAGUUACGGUCCCCCUCUACGGCCGUAGCUGCGACUGUAGGGAAGGUUGA